AUGAAUGACCUCWGUAAUUCAUCCAAUAUCACAAACCUUCCCUCAAUGUCAUCGAGCAAUUAUCGACGAAAACAAGAAACAAUCAUUGCGCAGAUUACAUCCUUCGCCAUACUUGGCAUCAUUACUGUGCUAGGUAACCUGGCCUCCAUCAUCACCUUCGCUAAGACCCAGUCUCUUCGCAAGCGUUCCAACUACACGAUUAUAAAUCUUUCUAUUGCUGAUUUGUUGGUAUCCAGUGCUAUUUUCAUGGCAUGUUAUUACUACUUGUUUGAGCCGGCAAUGAUUCGACCACAAUAUCUCAAUGUCGCUUUCGAUUUUGUUGAUUCAUUCACGAGUGCAGCUUCAAUGCUAUCUCUGACUAUGAUUUCAGUGGAGCGGUUCUAUGCCGUUGUGUUUCCCUUCAAGCACAUGAUGCUUCUUUUUAAGCACCAUCUUUUCCUAUGUCUUGCACCAUGGCUUGUCGCUGCCGCUACCGUUUUGACGUAUGUCGGGCUUGAUUUUCCAGGAAUAGGUCAUAAAAACUUCGUUACUCACAUAACCGUUCGAUAUUCGAUUUUAUUUCUUGCACUGAUAGUUAUUGUUGUUUCCUAUCUUGGUAUAUGGUUGAAGAGUCGUUAUGCAAAUCCCAGCGCACAAGAUCRGAAUCGCUCAAUGCGCGACCUCAAGCUGUCCGUCACGCUCUUCAUCGUCACGCUUGUAUCAUUGUCAGCAUGGCUUCCAAUCCARAUAUUCCAAAUUGCAAACUUUUUUCAUCCAACUCGACUGCCUAAUGAUAACUACUAUAUUUUCAUGAAGUGUCUUCAUUUCUCCAACUCAGCCAUAAAUUUCUUUAUCUAUAUUUUGCGCAUGCGCAAUUUUAGAGUAGGAUUUCUUGCAGUAUUCGGCUGUAAACGAGAGAGACUGAGCGAGCGAUCCCAGUCGACGACCUUGUCAUACAGUAUGAUACAAAUACGAGAUAUGACCUCGAGAAGUACCUCAAGUCUCAGUUUAACUAGACAAAAAGCCUACGUUGUCAACAGUGACGUCAAAAGCGACGAGAGAAGACUGGAAGUGAGUGGUCCCCAGCUGAAAACAGUUACCAUGAAAUGA